CAUAAGCUGUGCUCUGAUGCUGGUGCCGUGCAAAUCCAAGGCCUGGAGACCACUCUCCCGCUCCCUCAAGAACCUCAGGAAGUUGUGGAAGGGCAGUACAGAAGAGGACUUGUAGUUGUUGGAGUCACGGAAGGGGUCAAACUCAAAGCUGAAGCAGUGGUGGGCCAGAGAGCACAUGGUGAGCCACAGCAUGCAGCCAGUCAGGCUGUUGAACCUGAGAACAGACAAGUAUUGCAAGCUGGACAAGUUCCGUUCCUGCAGGUGAGUUGGGGCCUCUUGGGCUCAGAGGAUUGUCUCAGGCUUGGAGAACAGAGUCCCAGACAUCAGGAAGCAGAGCCAGCGAGGACAAGCAGGGAUAUGCAAAGGCAAGAUUCGGGAAAAAGCCUCCGCGAAACUGCUACCCUGCUGAGCCAGGCACUGCAGCUGCUGCCCAACGCACUGAAUCCCAUCCUGGGAGAGAGUGCAGCAGUCAAGGAAAAAACAGGUCACCCAGGUUUGGCCUGGUUUCAGGCCAGGCUUUUGAUGGUUGUGCAGGACUGACAUCCCCAGGAUGUUGUAGAUGACUUUCUCCUAAGAGCCAAAGGGGAGGGAAUGGGGGAGAAGGGGAGACAGCAACAUCCUGAACCCAGAGGCAGCACAGCGACCCUGGCGUGCAGCCUGCGGGGACAGGCAUGACUGGAAGAGGGGCCCUCCGGGGAGCCUUGAGGCCGGGCCAGGGGUGGGAGAGGCCCGCGGGCUGUCCGUCAGGCAGCGCAGCGCUUUUGCCACUGCUUGCAGGGAGGUGUAGGCCAAGACACGGGGCGGCGGCGAGGCACCCGCACGCCUCCUCCCCGGCCCGGCUGUUAUGUGCCCGCCCGCUACAUCUCCCCGCUCUGCCACGGAAGUGCGGCGGCCCACGGCGCCCUUCCGGUGAGGUCGCAGCGGCGGAAGGCGGCAGUGCAGCGGCAGGCUGGCGCGGCCAUGGCGCCCAAGGGGAAGGCAGGCACGAAAGGCAAGAAGCAGAUCUUUGAGGAGAACAGGGAGACGCUGCGUUUCUAUCUCCGCGUCAUCCUCGGGGCUUCUGCUGUGUAUGCGACGGUGAACCUGGUGAUCUGCUACCCCACGGCCUCUGUCUGGACAUGGCUUGCGUUUGUGUUCAGUUUGGUGGUAUACGGCACCAGCUACCGCUCCAUGAACUCCAUGGCAAAGCCGUCUUUCACAGAUGAUGGCAGCCUUGCUGACGGGGGGAUUGACCUGAAUAUGGAGCAGGGGAUGGCAGAGCACCUGAAGGAUGUGAUCCUGCUGACAGCUAUCGUCCAAGUGCUGAGCUGCUUCUCACUCUACGUCUGGUACUUCUGGCUCUUGGCUCCAGGGCGUGCACUCUAUCUCCUGUGGGUGAACAUCCUGGGGCCCUGGUUUACAGCAGACUCUUCGGCUGCCAGUCUGGAGCCAAAUGAGAAGAAACAGCGCCGACAAGAACGCCGUCAAAUGAAACGCUUCUAGCCCUGGCUGGAGGGAUGGAUUAAUGCUGUCUCUCAUCUCCAUGCUGUUACUUCAUCAUGGAUGCAACUGAAACCAAUCAGAAACCAUCACAGUAUCUAUGUUGCCCUUUGUCAUGGCUGCCAUUUCACUGUAAAGGCUUCAAGAGACUUCCCUUGGUUGGUUCUUAGUGCCAGUUGAGGCCUUGCUCCUUGAGAUGACAAGGGUGGGUUAUGCUGGGAUGUGUGUAAAUACUUUUUUAAAGCAGUGCUGUAUUGCAUUCAGGGUUGGGGACUGCAAUGUUGGAGGAAAUACUAUAUUAAAGAGCAAUCUAAUUGA